CAGGUGUUCCAAUCCCCUCCAUAUCAUGUGAUUCAGGUGUUCCAAUCCCCUCCAUAUCAUGUGAUUCAGGUGUUCCAAUCCCCUCCCAAUCAUGCGAUUCAAGUGUUCCAAUCCCCUCCCAAUCAUGUGAUUCAGGUGUUCCAAUCCCCUCCAUAUCAUGUGAUUCAGGUGCUCCAAUCCCCUCCCAAUCAUGUGAUUCAGGUGUUCCAAUCCCCUCCAUAUCAUGUGAUUCAGGUGUUCCAAUCCCCCUCCCAAUCAUGCAAUUCAAGUGUUUCCAAU